AUGGAGAAGGAAGUGUCAUUGGCACUAUGUCCAAAGCUCCAAGAUCUCACAAAUAGACUCAAGGUUGUGCACAUGAGCUGCCCUUUAUUUGAUACAGCACGCAGGGUGAGGAAUCUGGAACGUUCAUACUUUAAGCUCUGUCCCAAUAUUGCGGAUGCAUGGUCGAAUUUAGCCAGCGCAUAUAUGAGGAAAGGAAGGCUGAAUGAGGCAGACCAGUGUUGCCUUCAGGCUCUCGCACGUCUGGUUGAUGCUCACAGCAAUCUCGGCAAUCUGAUGAAAGCACAAGGUCUAGUCCAAGAGGCGUACAAUUGUUAUGUUGAAGCAUUGCGUAUACAACCUACAUUUUCCAUCGCUUGGUCCAAUCUUGCUGGCCUUUUUAUGGAGACAGGUAAUCUUAACAGGGCUUUGCAGUACUACAAGGUAUGA